CAAUCACGUCAAAAAACCGUCAAGCUGUUACCGGAAAUACCGGAACCGAAUUCCGCGCCGCCGGCUCUGACCCCGGUGUCCUUAGGGGAUAAACACCGGGUCAGGGUGACACCUCCAGGGAUGAAGCCAGACAGCGCAGUACGGGAGGAUCUGGAGGAUCGUGAUCCUAAUAACUUAAACCAGCAUAUACAGAUAGUAUGGGAUGACAUCGUAGGCGAACCAGAAGGCGCCAGAAGUCCGGAGUGCGCGUGGCGUCUCAGCCACAUUUGUUUCAAGUACGCUAGGAAUUGGUGCUACACUUUGCUAGCUGUGUUAGCCGCUCCUCCUUGUGCCUUGCUGUUGGGCUGUGGCUUUGCUUGUCUGGCUUUUGAGCAAAUCUGGUGCACGACUCCAUGCCUGAGAUGCUUCAAGAUUUACUGGGCGUCUUUACGGACACUAGUACAGUCUUUUAUGGCGGCCACAUUGGCGCCAAUCAUGGAGGCAUGUGGCCAUGUUUGCCGCCACAUUCGUGUUAAUGUACGAAGAGACGCACAGGAGGAUCGAGAUCUUUUGAUUGUGUAA